GCCAGAGACAGUUUUUGUGCUGAGAGAAAGGAGUGCAGACUGCCAUGUCACAGCUUGACAUAGCUGAAGUGAUGUGGACAGAUGUAAUACAAAAUAUAGAGAGUAAAUUAAACCAGAGGCAGUCUAAUGAAAGCUGAAGAUAAACAGUGUGACAAAGGCAAAUAAUCUUUGUCAUAACAGAAUAUAAAGAGAUUAACAAGGAGUAAGGUAAAUGUUUAAGAGCACAAACAGAGCAGCAGUAAGAUUUGACUGCUCUCAUGUGAGAAACAGGUGGUCAGAAAGGAGGGAGAAAAAUUGUGUGACAAAUGAAUGGGAUGACAGCAGGAGAUGGGGAGAGACCCAGACAACUGUGUGACAGCAGGACAAACAGAGCCUGGCAAAGACCCAGCAAAAAACAAAAUGGACAGAAUCAAAUGGGUAUCAGUAUUCGUGCCUUACAUGUCCGUGCAUUUCAAGAUGCGUCCGGUUGGACGCUGUAUAAUAUACCAUAAAUGCAUGGAAAACACUUGUGUUUACAUACUACAGCUGGGUAAAGUCAACCCAAAGUGUUAAGAAAUAGGCUGAAUUAAUAUAACUAUACUAACAUUGUAUUAGUAUUUUUUCCUAAUAAAAAGUAUUUAUAAAAAGCCAAUAUAUUCUGCACAUUCUUAAAAAAUACAGUAUAGUAUAGUAUUUAUAUGGGAAAUUUCUUUUAAAAUAAUUAGGCAAACUUUAGCACACUGUUGGCUUAAGAACUACAACUCCCAGCAUCCCCCAAGGUAGCUAAGCUGGCAAAAGCUGCAACGACUGUAGGCUCACGGGUUGCCUAUGCAUAAAGUACACUGAGAUCUAGUCACAAUUUUGCCACAAAAUUAUUUUCCAUUAAUAGAAAAAAUGAUGACAUUGCCCAAUGUUUACAGUAGCCACAUUUGUACCCAUGUACCAACAAAUGUCCUUUUUUAUUUGUGAGUAUAUUUGUGGAGAGUCUACCAUACCUUUCUUCUAUUAUUUGCUUUUUUAAAUAUACAUAGCGCAGAAUCCCUCAUUAGCUUUGCCCAGACUAAAAAUGGAUAUGUGUGUAUGUGUGUGUAAAUCUGAGUGAUUAUAGGACCCUGUUCCUGCUGGUUCCAUCACUGCAGUGCUGUGCGAUAGAUGCUGGGGGGCUGAGCUGCCGCUCUGCUCUCCUGCUCUCUGGCUGGCAGGUGUAUGGGGAUGAAGGAGAAAAGCUGACCGUAGAUUCCUAACUAUUCUGGAAGGGUCUCAUGCAGAUCACCUUGGAGAAAAAUCUAGUUGUGUGCAUCUGAUGACCAUUGCUGAGCAGCCGGUAUGACACAAAUGCUCUUCUAUACAUCACUAAGCACCUAGAAACUGUGCCAUACGCUGCCUCCCUGGAUACAGACUGGGAGUGCCUUUACCAACUGUACUGAUACUCGGACAUCUAGAGGAGUGUCCUUCUGUAUGCAGAAGAAGAUGUAAGGAAUGACAGAAAUGAUUUCAGAUUUCUGAAUGGCGUUUUGCAGAAUACAAGCAGAAAGGAUAUUCUGCUACCCACAGUGACAUAGUGUGGGCAGGAAUGGUCUACACAACAGAGAAAUGCUCUGUAGGAUAUUAUAAUACUCUUCAGAAAGAAAUAACACCCUUUAGGAAAGAAUACCUAAAGGGGCAACACUCUGACUUGGCAAUACUGUCUCUAAUAUAGGAGUAAUGCUUUGUGGGCCAGACAAACCACUUACUGCAGACCAUUGCAGAAGACAUAGCUGUUUGUGACAAAUAUUUGUCCGAAAUGUGACCUUUUUCUGGGACAAUAUCCCCUUUCUCUCCCCUUUAUCCCUUUGACCUCCAGUCCAUUCCUUUAUUCUGUCUAUUUUGACCCAAAGUAACCCUUAGCCUACUAUCUUAACAUUUUUCUUGUCUCACCCUUUUUUUUUAUUUGCUCUUUUACAUUUUUUUGCAGUUUCAUGCAGAUUUUCCAUUGUUUGCUGUUCCCAAUGCCUGUCCUUUUUAUUCUCCUGUAAUUCUUUCAGGACCCUCCUUUCUUUUUGAUGUAUGAUGGGUGAUGGUCCUGUAAGCAGAAGGGUGAUGGUGACCUUUAAUCCAAAUCAUCCCCAUGGAUACCUCCCUUCCCUCUCACACUUGGAACCUUUCCUUCAAUUUUUCAGGGGCCUCCUCUCCCACAAACCCCCAGUAUGGGGCCCUCUUCCUCAUGCUUCUCAUGGACCUUCUAGCAGUGGCUGGGAAUGUGGCAGUCAUGGGGGUCAUCAUGAAAACUCCAUCCCUCAGGAAGUUUGUUCUGGUCUUCCACUUAUGUGUGGUGGAUCUUCUGGCUGCACUAACCCUUAUGCCAUUGGCCAUGUUGUCAGGGGGUGGGGGCACCUAUCUGUAUGAAGGCCAAGGUUUGGGGCAGAUGGCCUGCCGUGCCUACCUCUUCCUAAGUGUUUGUCUGACCAGCACAGGUAUCUUGUCUAUUUCUGCCAUCAACAUAGAGAGAUACUACUAUGUGGUACAUCCAAUGAGAUACCAAGUCAAAAUGACAAUGGGAUUGGUCAGCUGGGUUUUGGCUGGGGUUUGGGUCAAGGCCCUUCUGACUUCACUUGUCCCUGUACUGGGCUGGAACCCCCCAGCCCCUGGACACUGCAGUCUGCAGGGAGGGGGCAACAGUGUCUUCCGUGCUGGAUUUCUUCUGUUUUACUCCUCAUUCUAUUUUCUAUUGCCUCUUACCAUCAUCAUUGUUGUAUACUGCAGCAUGUUCAAGGUGGCACGGGUGGCUGCCCUGCACCAUGGGCCUCUGCCCACCUGGAUGGACACAUCUCCUCAGCGGCGGCGUUCAGAAUCUCUUAGCAGCCGUUCCACUAUGGUGACUGGUUCAGGUGGUACUCGUGGGACACCACAGCAGCGUCUACCAGGUGGGGGAGGAGGAGGGAAGGCUGCAGCUGUCUUGGCUGCAGUAGGAGGUCAGUUUUUGCUAUGCUGGUUGCCCUAUUUUGGCUUUCAUCUGUAUGCUGCACUGCGCUCUCCCCCUCCACCACCUGGAUCGCGUGCAGAGUGGGUUGUCACCUGGAUGGGAUUCCUUUGCUUUGCAUCAAACCCUAUUUUCUAUGGAUGUCUCAACAGGCAAAUUCGUUUGGAACUGGGGAGGUGGGUAGGUUGCUUCUUUAAAAGAGGUGGUGCUGGAGAAGAUGAACUACGACUGCCCAGCAGGGAAGGCUCCAUUGAGGAAAACUUCUUGCAGUUUCUACAAGGGACUGGUUGCCCUCCUGAACCUAGAGCCCCCACCCACAACAUCCCUAAAGGGGGACAUCCAGCUGUGGACUUUCGGAUUCCAGGUCAGAUAGCAGAAGAAACCUCUGAGUUCCUAGAGCAACCAUGGGAUGUGACAGCUGUAAACAGAGAUUAUAUCAGUACUGGUCCAUCUCCGAAAACAUAAACCAUUGCACCUCUUGCCAACUGCUCAUGACAAUCUCCUGGACAAAUGUGUGGAAUAAUGUAGACCCCCUUCCAAUUUUAAGUGUCCUUCCUAAUUUUAGAGGACACCAAAAUAAAUUUUCUACCACUUGCAUUGGCUAAUAAUACUCCCCAACUAUAUUACAGAUUAUUGCUUAUCACACAAGAGCAAUAUUCUGUGACACUUUUCAGUCCUAUGGGGCUUUAUCAAUCAUUUUUUUUAAUGCCAGAGCAUGUCAUUUAAAUAGUGUUGUGUUAAACAAGGUAAUUUAUGGGUUAAUUUAAAGGCAAUCUAUCACAGGACUUGUAUUUACAAUGUACCUUUAAAUGUCAUGCAGUGAAGCAUAAUAGUAGUCAGUGCCAAUGCUAUGUCAAUUUGUAGAGGGAUAAAAGGCUAGUUUACACAUGUGGCUUCUUGUGAUGCUAUUUUGUUACUAUAGUAUGGUGCUACAGAUAUGCCACAUCAGUGUUUUAAUUUGUUUACAAUAUUCAGUGACUGAAUAAAAAUAGGAUGCCCCUGCUGAGGUUUUGGGUAUCUAUCCCACUGACUGGUUGUUUUAAUUGCCAUGUGGCAUCCAAAGUAUACAAAAAUGGUUCUAGCAUCAGUCAAGGGAAGGCCCUUCAUUUGUAUGAACCAGCAAUUGUAGCAACAAUAUAUAAAUGCUCAGGUAAACUGCUCUUUAAAUGAAUCAAGCUGCCAUAGUUAGUGUCAUUUGGUGUUAUUUAAUGCAUUAUUUAGUUGUAAUAUGGUCACCUAUGUAAACUAGCUCUUUCACUAACCAGUAAACCCCUCCCUGCAGAGAUACAGACCGUGCCUCAGGAAAGUUUCACAUUAAAUGUUAUUGGUCAGCUGCAGAUAGAUAAAAUGACUUUGGGUAUGCCACCUGCUCUGCAGGACAUUCAGAAAUAUUUUGACAAACACAAAUGCAGUUAUAGAAAUAACAGGGUCACUACAUAACUGAUUGUAUAAAAAGAUACAUUGGUGGGUACAACAACAGCUUAUAAACAAACAAAAAAGAUAAAACAAAACUAGGAAAAAUUAAGCUAUACCUAUUCAAGGUAAGUGGAUUGUACCAUUUUAUAAUGAUAGAUUUCCUUUAACACUCCCAUAUAACUGGUUCCCUUUUCAUUAUGCAGGUUUUUUUUUAACUUAUCUCAGUGCAAUUUGAUACAGAAUGGACAUCAUAUCUCCAUAUUAAUUUCUUGACUAUAUGGUGGUGAAGACAAGUGAGCUCCACAAACUUAUGAUCCCUGUUGCAGCCAUAAUUAAUUAAGAAGUAUCACCAAAUAAGGUUCAUAUAAUUUAACAUUAUAACAAAAAUAUUGCUUUACUGUAACUGCUUAUGUUUUUAAGUCUCAGAGUUUUGGCUACUGUCAGAUGUGUUUUUACCAAGACAAGCUAUUGUACAAAUAUCCUAAGAAAUAUCUUCAAAAUAUUUUGGUAAGAUCCAUACAAUGCAACAAGCAUGUUGCAUUGCCAUAUAACCUUUUAGGAAGACAAUCACCUAUAAACAUGCAUCUUUACCUCAUGGUUUUCUGGUAGGCAAUUUCUUGUCAUGCAUGUGGCAAACAGAUUUGGUCUAGUAGACCUUAUUGCCCAACCAUAUGUAACAAGCUAUUUUUGACAGAAAAUGCAGUUGAUUUGUCUGGAAUGUAAUCAGCCAAUACCUCAGGUUGACACAUGGGUGAGGUUGCAGCUCUGUCUCCUUUAUAUAGGUUUGGAUGUGGCAUUCCAGAACAUUUAUGAAGACACCUGCAGUCUCAUGCUUUUGGCUGCUGAAAUGUUCAGUGAUUUAUAUGUGACAGAAAAAUAUGCACAAAUGCACCACCCCACGGUCUUGGGGGGGGCCAGGGAGGGCCCGAACCGGAGUGUCUGCUGUACCUUAGUUCCCCCUCCCCGGGACCCUCUCUUACCUGGGGGAAGUGGGACGGGGAGGAGGCACUGGUCGUGCCGGACCCUCUCAAAAUAUUUUUCUGCAGGGCGGCCUAGCACAACCAAGUUAUGCCACUGCAUUCAUCCUUAUUAAAGGGACACUAACAGCAGAGAAGGAACACCCAUUUUAAAAUCAUUUUCAAAAUAACAAUGUUACAGUUAACAAUGAUAUUUUGGCACUUUAUGUCUGCAGCUCUGUGGAUAUAUAGCUGCAGCUACUGCCAUAUAUGAGCAGCAAGAAAUAUGUUGGGGUCAUUCCAGAAUUGCAAGUGCCUCACAGUUAGAAAACUUAUCCAUUGUUAAGUAUAAUAAUUUAGUAUAGGUUUACAUGUUGUAUUAGUUAAAAACUCUAUCUCUUAGUCUGUUUGCUAACUUCACUAAACUUUUGAGAGUGAAAGAGAUUAAAAAGCUGCCGUUAAAGUUAUUUUCAUUUGUAUAAAACACAAUAAAAAUAAUUAUACAAAAAAAAAAGAAAACUUAUCUAGUGAUAAACUGAACAUUAAAGCCCACCAGGUAGGAUAAACAUCUCUCUAAAAACUAGAACAAACACAAUGCAGUAAUAACUGGGGCUUGUGAUUUAUUAUCAUUUAUUUAUAUACAGUAGAGCCAACACAAUUCUGCAGCAAUUAACAGACAUUAUUUAGCAGUGCCAAACCCAGUUGGUUUUACAAUAUACAAUUUCUACCAUGCGCACACACACUCUAUAAGGUCUUUUAAUUAAUAUUGCCUGUUUCCUGUGCCAUGAGCAUUCCUAUAGUGGAAAUGCUUUACUCAUCCACAUUCAUGGUUGCAAUAUGCAAUUUGCAUGUACUGUGUGGCACAGGAAGGCUGUAGCACCCAUAAUUGUACUGAAAUUUUGGGGGGGGGUAUAAUGUGGCUCUGUGGGUAAAAAACAUAGUAAUUUUGCACAUUGCACAAACUCCAGCCUUCUGCAGUGUUUAGGGGGCUAAUCAACAGCAGGGACGAUUAGAAUUAGCCCCAACUCACGAGGCACUCACGAGGAAACAAAACAAAUAAGAAAAAGUAAAAAGCGAUAAUACAUAGAACUUCCUUAUAUAUCAAUUAUGCUUUGUUUGGUGAUACUUCUUUGACUAGGCAGGUAUUUCAGGGUGAGGUGAACACCUUAUGAAUCACCUCAAAUCCAACCCCCCCAAAAAGAAACAUAAUAAAGUAACUAAGAUAUGUUUUCCUAUGGGUUUUUUUCUGUAACUUCCUAGCUUCCCAUUUAUUUGAGAUGAAUGUUACCCCAUUUUGUAUUUUUCCCUAUGUCAUUUCCUUUCAGUGAUUUUCUUGUCUGUUUCAACAUCUCUCCAUCGUGCCUCUUACAGUUAUCUGUAAGAUUCCUACCCAUUGUGCCUCCCCUCGCCUCUUCUUUCCUUCUUUCUGUGCCUCCUUGGCCUUCCCAUGGCCUUUUUGCUUCCUCGACAGGAUUUGAUGGGAAAUUUCAAAGAAAUAAUUUUUAUGUGUAAAGUUGAAACCUGGAGUGAAAAUAAAUUAUUUAUUACCUAAA